AUGGAUGGUUAUGAGGAGAAUAUAGAUGACCUCAUUGCAGAGGCAGAACAAUUCGAGGGCCCCUCUUCUUCUUCUUUAGGGGGGCCCCCAAUAGGGGCCCCCCUUUCUAUGAAUUCUGCUAGGGGCCCCCCUCCUUAUAGGGGGCCCCCUACUGGGGGCCCCCCUUCUUAUAGGGGGCCCCCCACUGGGGGCCCCCCUACUUCUAGGGGGCCCCCUACUGGGGGCCCCCCUUCUUUUAGGGGGCCCCCCAGUGCAGCAGCAGCAGGAGCAGCAGCAGCAGCAAAUAGUAUUUCUUUAUUAGAAGACGAUAGUCUGUUAGAUGCUUCUCAAUCAAAUUGUCUGUCCUUAGAAGAAGAGAUGAGAGAACUACAAUCGCAGAACUGCAGCCAAUGGGGGCCCCCAGAGAUGCAUGCAGCAGAGGGGGGGCCCCCUUGGGGGCCCCCUACAGCAGCAGAUGCUGCAGCAAAUGAACUCGGCUGCAGCAAACGGAGACUCAGCAGCACAAAGAGAGGAGACGAGUUAAACGGGCUUUAUUCUGCUGCUGCUAGCCCUCUAACUGCUGCUUCCCUCCGCAAGCGCAGGAAGCAGCAGCAGCAGCAGCAGCAGCAGCAAGAGCAGCAGCAGGAGACAGCAGCAGCAGCAGGAGAUGAAGAGGAAGACAAACUCCUUGCUGAAGCAGCAGCAGCACUGAGGCCUCCUGUCCCCUUCUUCGAUAUUAGUCAUUUACCUUAUUUCUCGCUGCUGCCCCCCAGCAGCAGCAGCAGCAGCAGCAGCAGCAGCAGGGCGCAGCCUGCUACAAGAGAAGAAGCAGCUAAGAUUGCUUCUUCUUUGUCUCAAGAAUAUAACAAUGGGAAGGGGGGCCCCUCAUCAUUAUAUCUUCGAAGCUGCCUAUACACUGCAAAUACGCGCUGCAACCUCCCUGCUGCAGUAUUACAAAAAGCAGCAGCAGCAGCAGCAGCAGCAAGUGAGAACGAGCAGCAGCAGCAGCAGCAGCAGCAACAGCCAAGCCGCGCUGCUGCUGCAGUAGCAGAAGGAGCUGUUAGAGUGCUGCCUCUCUGUGCUGCUGGGGGGGAGACUGUGGGGCCCCCGGUGUAUGUACAGCUGCUGUCAAAGGAGGAGCAGCAGCAGAGGCUUGCUGCUGCACUCGCUGCAGCAAGAGACACCACCUACUGCAGCAGGCGGAGACCCAUGGAGGAAGUUCUUAG